ACCCUAACGGAUGACGCAGCUUCCUGUUUGGCUCCAUCUGUGGCGGGAGAUCGCAGCAUGGCGGUGCAACCGAAGCAGAACCAAAACCUGUCCCUGGACAGCGCAACCGAACACGGCUUUCUGAACUUCAUAUUCUCUAUGCCGGAGAAACCGGACACAACCUUCAGGAUAUUCGACCGGAACGACUACUACACCGUCCACGGGAAGGACGCCAUAUUUGCUGCUAAGGAGGUUUUUAAGACUAACGGAGUCAUCAAAUAUCUGGGCUCGGGGAGCCGUAAGCUGGAGAGCGUGAUCCUGAGCAAGCUGAACUUCGAGGCCUUUGUGAAGGAUUUGUUGCUGGUGAAGCAGUACCGAGUGGAAGUAUACAGGAACCACAGCAAGAGCAGCAAGGAGCACGACUGGAGGAUUGAGUACAAGGCCUCUCCAGGAAACCUGACCCAGUUCGAGGACAUUCUGUUCGGCGGAGGAACUGGAGGCGAGGGAUGCGCGGGAGUGGUCGCCGUGCGGUUUGCGACGGGAGCCGAUGGGCAGCGAGUGGUCGGAGUCGGCUACGUGGACGCAGCCCAGAGGACCAUGGGGGUGUGUGAGUUUCCGGACAACGAGAUCUUCUCCAACCUGGAGUCUCUGCUCGUCCAGAUCAGCCCCAAAGAGUGUCUACUGCCUCAGGGAGAAUGCAGCGCUGAGGGGAACAAACUCCGGGAGGUGGUGCAACGUGGCGGCGUUCUGGUCUCUGACAGGAAGAGAGCAGAGUUCAGCAGCAAGGACAUUGUCCAGGAUCUCAACAGGCUACUGCGAUCCAAGAGAGGAGAGACGGUGGCGAGCAACACGCUGCCUGAACUGGACAAGCAGGUGGCCAUGUCAUGUUUGGCUGCUGUGGUUCGAUUCCUCGAGCUUCUCUCCGAUGAGUCCAACUUCAACUCUUUCAGCCUCACCAAGGUGGAGCUGGGUCAGUACAUGAGGCUGGACAACGCUGCCGUCAGGGCUCUCAACCUCUUCCAGGGUUCGCCCGACGACACCAGUGGAGCUCAUUCAUUGGCCGGUUUGUUGAACAAGUGCCGCACUCCGCAGGGUCAGCGGCUGGUCAACCAGUGGAUCAAACAGCCACUUAUGGACAAAACCAAAAUAGAGGAAAGACUGGACCUUGUGGAGAGUUUCGUGUGCGACUCGGAGCUGAGGCAGACUUGUCAGGAAGAUCUGCUGCGACGCUUUCCAGAUCUCCACCGCCUGGCCAAAAAGUUUCACCGUCACACGGCAACGCUGCAGGACUGCCACCGCGUCUACCAGGCCGUGAGCCACAUCCCCACUCUCAUCACUGCUCUGGAGAGUUACUCGGGCAGCUACAAGGUGUUGCUGCACGCGGUGUUCACCUCGCCUCUCGCUGACCUGCAGACGGAUUUCAUCAAGUACCAGGAGAUGAUUGAAACCACUCUGGACAUGAAUCAGAUCGAACACCACGAGUUCCUGGUGAAGGCGUCGUUCGAUCCCGUUCUGAGUGAGCUCAGGGAGAAGAUGGACGCCCUGGAGAAAAGCAUGCAGGCUGUGCUGAGCAGUGCAGCCAGAGAACUAGGUCUGGAAGCCGGUAAGACGGUGAAGCUGGAGUCCAACGCCGUGCUGGGCUUCUACCUGCGGGUCACGUGCAAGGAGGAGAAGAGUCUGAGGAACAACAAGAAGUUCACCACGCUGGACGUUCAGAAGAACGGCGUUCGCUUCACAAAUGGCAAGCUGAGCUCUCUGAACGAGGAGUACACCAGGAGCAGGGAGGAGUACGAGGAGGCCCAGAACGCCAUCGUCAAAGAGAUCAUCAACAUCGCCUCAGGUUACGUGGAUCCCCUUCAGACGCUGAGUGACGUCAUUGCGCAGCUCGAUGCGGUGGCCAGCUUCGCCGUGGCGUCGGUGUCCGCUCCAGUUCCGUACGUCCGGCCCCGACUGCUGGACGACGGCCGCAGGCGUCUGGAGCUGCUGCAGGCCAGACAUCCCUGUAUGGAGACGGACGCGGACACCGCCUUCAUACCCAACGACAUCAGCUUCGUCCAGGGGGAGAAGAGCUUCUAUAUUAUAACAGGACCAAACAUGGGAGGGAAGUCCACGUUUAUCCGUCAGGUGGGUCUGAUUGCGCUGAUGGCUCAGAUCGGCUGCUUCGUGCCGUGCGAGAAGGCGGAGCUCAGCGUGACCGACAGCGUUCUGGCCCGAGUGGGAGCAGGAGACAGCCAGGUGAAGGGAGUGUCCACCUUCAUGUCUGAGAUGUUGGAAACCGCCGCCAUCCUCCGCUCUKCCACSGAAAACUCCCUCAUCAUCAUCGACGAGCUCGGCAGGGGAACUUCUACGUACGACGGCUUCGGGCUGGCCUGGGCCAUCAGUGAACACAUCUCCUCCAAAAUCGGCUGCUUCUGCCUCUUCGCCACGCACUUCCACGAGCUGACCGCCUUGGCGGCACAGCAGCCGUCCGUCCACAACCUGCACGUCACCGCCCUGACGACCCACAACACGCUCACAAUGCUGUACCGAGUCAAACCAGGUGUGUGUGACCAGAGUUUUGGGAUCCACGUCGCCGAGCUGGCCUGCUUCCCCCYGUCGGUACUGGAAGUGGCGAGGGAGAAGGCGGAGGAGCUGGAGGAGUUCCAGGAACCUGUGGGGGACAAUUCGAAGCGGGACGAAGAGCCCGAGGUCAAGAGACGGCGGACAGAUAAGCAAGUGGGAGAAAACCUGAUCCAGGACUUCCUGGAGAAGGUGAAGGCACUUCCUGUCACCACCAUGACUGAGGAGGAGGUGAAGGCAGAGCUCAGGAGGAUAAAGCAAGACUUGGUGGCCAAAAAUAACACGUACAUCAGUGAGAUACUUUCCCGCUGCACUCCUGUAAAAACUGCCUGACUUUCUUUUUUUUUUAUUAUUAUUCUUUUUUUUUUUCUCUAAAUGCUCAUGUUCGUCUCCACGCGUCACCUAAAGCUCAUGUAGGAACAACACUAGAGUGCCUAUAAUCUGUACGUUUUUCAAUAAAGAAUUUCUCCUAA